AUGUCUUCUACUGUAGAAGAGUCGAUUCGUGACCCUCUCAACAAGGCAUGGAAAACCCUUCGUUUCUUCACCAUCAAACCCACCGAACUACUCCCUCUAUUCCUCAAAACGGGGCUCGCUAUUUCCACCUUCAUCCUCAUCACCCUCUUUUUCUACCUCACCCUCUCCUACCACCAACCCUUUCUGCACAACACUCACACAACCUUCAAAUACAGUCUCCAACAACAUAGACCCUCCGAAGAACCCACCAACAUCUCCCACAUCUUGUUCGGGAUAGGCGGCUCCACCGCCACAUGGCACUCGCGCCGCCACUACAGUGAGCUCUGGUGGCGCCAUGGCGCGACCAGAGGCUUCGUUUGGCUGGACAAAAGCCCGCCGGAAAACGAGACGUGGCCGGAGAUGUCGCCGCCGUACAUGGUCUCCGGUGACACGUCGUCGUUUACGUACACGUGCCCGUACGGCUCACGGUCUGCGAUUCGCAUGACGCGGAUAGUAAAGGAGAGCUUCGAGCUAGGAAUGGAGAAUGUGAGGUGGUUCGUGAUGGGUGAUGAUGACACGGUGUUCUUCCCCGACAACCUGGUUACGGUUUUGUCGAAGUAUGAUCAUAAUGAAAUGUACUACGUUGGUGGGAACUCGGAGAGCGUGGAGCAAGAUGUGAUACACUUUUACACCAUGGCCUAUGGCGGUGGUGGGUUCGCUAUAAGUUACCCUUUGGCUGCUGAGUUAGUGAAGAUUUUGGACGGUUGCAUUGAUCGUUAUGCUCAGUUCUAUGGCUCUGAUCAGAGGAUUCAGAGUUGUAUCAGUGAGAUUGGUGUUCAGAUCACCAAAGAGCCGGGUUUUCAUCAGGUUGAUAUACGUGGGAACCCAUAUGGGUUGUUAUCGGCACACCCCGUAGCACCGUUGGUGUCGUUGCAUCAUUUGGACAACGUGGACCCGAUAUUCGCAAACAUGACACGGAUUGAGUCCGUGAGAAAGUUGGUCACAGCCUAUAAAACGGAUCCGGGUCGGACCCUACAACAGAGUUUCUGUUACGACUUGCGGCGGAAUUGGUCCGUCUCGGUGUCGUGGGGCUUCACCGUGCAGUUGUAUCCUUUUCUAGCCACGGCGAAGGAGCUGGAAACGGCGUUAAGGACAUUUGACACGUGGCGGAGUUGGAGUGAUGGUCCGUUUACUUUCAAUACCCGACCCGUUAGUAGCGACCCAUGUCAGAAGCCCCUCCUGUAUUUUAUGGAUCGGGUUCAAAGUGUGGGCGGGGACCAGACCCGAUCUACCUACCAAAGAUACGUCGACGUUUCGGAGAAAAAAUGUGGGCGUGCUGAGUACGACCGGGCUUUAGCCGUUCAAUACGUCGACGUUUCGGCAUCCCGCUUUAUGCCGGACUUGUGGAAAAAGGCGCCAUGUAGACAAUGCUGCGAGAUAAUCAACGGCCGAGAUGGGGUGAACAGGACGAUGCACGUUAAGAUCAGAGGGUGUCGUCGGUUUGAGAGUGUGACACCUCCGUAA